GCCUCUGAAUGUGCAUUGAUUAUCGCGCCCUUAAUCAGGUUACGAUAAAGUCUUGCCUCCCAAUGCCGCGUGAGGACGAACUGAUUGACCAGCUGCGAGGCGCUCACUAUUUCUCGAAGAUCAACCUUCGUAGUGGUUACCACCAGAUUCGAGUUUUCGCCAACGAUUGCCACAAGACCACGUUUCGUACUCGCUACGGGAGUUGCGAAUACACUGUCAUGCCAUCCGAGUUACAUGUCCCUGCCGAGCUCGCCGCGCUGAUUCGACAGUACCCUGAUAUUUUUCCGGACGAUCUGCCAGCAGGACUGCCACCCGAGCGCCCCCAGGACCACAAAAUUGACCUGGAACCCAGCGCGCAGCCUACAGUCAGGACCCAGUGGCGGCUGACUCAGCUCGCGGAGUUGCGAAGCCAACUGGACUACCUCUUGGAGAAGGGGUUCAUUCAGCCCAGCACUUCCCCGUUCGCAGCACCCAUCCUGUUCACGCCCAAAAAAGACGGCGGGCUGCGAAUGUGCAUCGACUACAGGGCGCUAAAUCGGCGAACGAUCAAGUCCCGCUACCCAAUCCCACGCGCGGACAAUCUCCUCGAUCAACUUCGCAGAGCUCGCUUCUUCUCGAAAAUCGACUUACGCAGCGGUUACCAUCAGAUCCGAGUCUUCGCUGACGACUACCACAAGACGGCGUUCCGAACCCGCUAUGGCAGCUACGAGUACAGAUGUGUCAUCGUCUAUCUUGAUGACAUUCUGAUCUACAGCAAGACACAGGAACAGCACCUCAAGGACCUUGAGCAAGUUUUCCGACGGCUGCAAGAAAAUCGGCUCAUCACGAAGGGCUCCAAGUGCGAGUUCCUAAAAUCCGAACUGGAAUUUUUGGGACAUAUCAUGGGAGCGGACGGCAUCAAAAUCGACCCGAAAAAAAUCACAACGAUUCGCGACUGGAAACCGCCGACGAAUUUACAGGAGCUGCAGAGUUUUCUCGGGUUCGUUAAUUAUGUCCGGAGGUUUAUCCCCAAUAUGGCAGGGAAAACCGGAUCGAUAACUGACCUGCUGCGGAAGGGCACUUUGUUAAAAUGGGGGGAGAGACAGCAGACUGCUUUCGAUGAACUGCGAAAUUUUCUGACGUCGCCCCCGGUCCUCCGAAUCGCCGACCCAUCUCGACCGUUCGAAGUCUUGACGGACGCUAGCGAUUUCGCCAUCGGUGCGAUACUGUUACAUUUCGGCGACGGACUCCAACCCAUCGCGUAUGAGUCUAGGAAGUUGCAGGCAGCCGAGCGCAACUACCCUGUCCACGACAAAGAAAUGCUCGCCAUCGUGCACGCAUUCAAGGUGUGGCGAUGCUACCUGACGGGGGCCGACGUGACAGUAUGGAUAGACCAUAAAUCCCUACAGUACCUCCGCGCGCAGCCGAAUCUAAAUCCACGACAGUUUCGCUGGCUGGACUUCCUCGAACGCAACUUCCACUACACCAUCACGUACCAACGGGGAGCGAAUAACAUCGCUGACGCGCUGACAAGACCAUCCGCCCACCUCGCCUCACUCAUCAAGUUACUUCACCGUUUUUAUUAUUGGCUUGAUUCGGCGUCUGAUGUGCAGAGAUACGUAUCCGCGUGCCCGAUCUGCCAACGCAUGAAGUCUUCCCGACGGUGGCCAGCUGGACUGCUGCAACCGCUAGAGCCACCCCAGCGACCGUGGCAACAUGUGACGAUGGACUUCGUCACGGGGCUCCCGGCCGCCGCCACGGGCAACGACGCCGUCCUGGUCCUCGUCGAUCGUCUGACGAAGAUGGCACACUUCGCACCCUGUCGCACAACAAUCACAGCCGAAGAUACAGCAAAGCUUUUCAUCUCCACCGUUGUUCAUCUGCACGGCCUACCCUCAGCGAUCAUCAAUGACCGCGACCCAAAAUUCACGUCCAAGUUCUGGCAGGAGACAUGGGCGCAGUACGACACACGCCUCCAGUUUUCCUCCGCCUACCAUCCUCAAACCGACGGACAGACAGAGCGAACCAAUCAAACCAUGGAGCAGCUGAUACACACCAAUUGCCCGGAUCCUGCCUGGUGGGAAGAAUUCCUGCCCAUGCUGGAAUUUUCGUACAACAAUGCCCCAUCCGCCACGACUAAUCACUCGCCGUUUUUUCUAAACUACGGCAUGGAUCCGACAGUCCCGACGACUACCAACAUCGACAACCCAGUGCCACGUUCCCAGCAGUUCGUGACCAGUUUGCAGGAGGCCCGCGAAAAAGCGAUCGAAUUCAUUCGCAAGUCCAACACAACCGCCCGACGCUAUACAGAUCUUCAUCGCCACGAUAUCACCAUGGCUGCAGGGCAACUAGUCCUUCUCGACACGAAGAACCUUCGCCUGCCCCUGCCUUCAAAACUUCGCACGCGAUUCUGUGGACCUUUUCGUAUUGAGGGGGGGUAGUGUAAGGAAUUUUAUUCCUUACCGG